AUGAACUUAUCUUGUCUGUAUGAAAAUGUUGAUCCUGAACAUCUACAAGAUUUCUUAAAUGAAAACACGACGAACGAAGUCCUUCGAGAAGUGACAAAUCCUCGAAAACCUUCCCCUACUAAUCAAUUCCUGAAUAGAUCAGCAGCUGAAGCAUCACAAAAUAUGAAAAAUUCAUCAAAUAGAGCCCAAAAUAAUAACAAAAUCACCAUACUAUCUGACGUAAAAUUACAUUGGACCAACACUUCCUUUAUUGGCAAUGAAAUGAAGAAAACAGAUAAUACCAAUUUUCAAUUUGAUUUUCAAAAGUUUGUUUCUGGAAAAGUCGCGGUAAAAGAUCAAGAAAAAGAACAAAAUAAUCCCGAUGAUAUUACAGAAAGUGACAGUGCAAGAAAAGUACUCAAAAAGGAUAGAAAAGCGAAGAAAAAGUCAGAGACUGGUGGGGAUGGCGACAGCGGCGAUCAAGGGAAUAAUGGAGGCUGUAAGGUCGAAGAGCUAAAUAAGGACGAGGUGGCGGCGAUAAGCGCUCAUGCCGAGCACCUUAGUGCCCACCUAGCAAUCAGGUUAGCGGCCGCAGAAGCGGUUUCGGGCAGCAUAGCGGGAUCCUUGCAGGCACAGCUAAGCCGCGAUACCGUAGGAUCGGCGACCGAGGUAGUGUCGUAUAGCGACGCCCUGAAACUCAGGAAGGGAGCUGCUCCAGUGGCAAUCCUCAAGCCAUAG